CAGCCGCGUACGGCCAACCAUAAGACGCCUUCAAGUCUAGCUGACUGGACACGAACGACGAGAGUGGAUAUUGGAAUUACAUUGUCUGUCUUCGUUGCGUUUGAAUAAGUUUCUGGCGUAAAAUAAAAUUAUAUUAAAAUUAUUGAUUGGUGAACAAAUUAAAUUUGAAAAAGGCAAAGCCAAAAUUAAUUGAAAACUGGUGAAAUAAUUAUCUGAAAGAGUUAAAAAACCAAGUUUUGAAAAGGAAAAAAUUGAAGUGUGUUCCAAAUUUGAAAAAAAAGUCGAAGCAGCAAAAGCAAAAUUAUUAUCGGUUAUUUUGUAAACCUUUGUCUUUAAGUGCUAAGAAGAAAGUCAUAUAGCGCAAAGUGCUGUAAUUAUACAAAAUAAAGUUGAAAAGUGAAGAAAAUUAACUCCGUAAAAGUGUUCAAAGUCAGCGUUGGAGGCGUGCGGAAAAUCUAAGAAACAAAAACAAAAACAACAACAAACAAACGUUUGGAGAAAGUAGCAGCAAAAGUGUUUGACAUCAAGCAGUUGAAGCUUGAUUUUUUGUUUUAUUAAAAGAAAAAGAGGAAAAUAUACAUAUUUAUAAUGGAAAUAUUGCCGCAAAAAUAUCUACUACAUGCAGCGCUAUUGCUGGUGUCCUGCAGCGUGGCAUUGGCGUGUCGCGGACAAUUAUUGGUUUCUGGCCUGUCCGCCGGCGAGCGUGAAAUCAUCAUGCACGAGCACAACAAAUUGCGCCAACUGGUGGCAACCGGGCGCUAUCCAGGUCAACCGGGCGCUGAAAAUAUGCGUGAAAUCGUUUGGGACGACGAGUUGGCGGCGCGUGCGCAACAAUGGGCUAAUAACUGUGAAUUCCGUCAUGAUCCUUUGCGAACGAUCAAUCGCUUCACUAUGGGUCAGAAUCUGGCAAUUAUCUGGAGCACAGCCCCGCUCGAUCCUACCGACGGCGAUUUUCCAUCACGCAUCCAAAGCUGGUUCAAUGAAGUGCAAAAGUACUCAUUUGGCGAUGCUUGGUCACCGAAAACUGGUCAUUACUCUCAGCUCGUCUGGGGUGAAACAAGUUUAGUUGGUUGUGGUUUCUCUGAAUACAAGGACUCAACCAAAUAUAACAAGCUGUACGUGUGUAAUUAUGGACCAGGUGGAAACGUCGUCGGUUAUAAUCCGUAUCAGGUAGGUAAGCCAUCAUGUGCGACAUAUGGCUUGAGACCGUCAUCGCGUUAUCAGGGUUUAUGCGCACCAUCGGUAGCGCCAGUUGUUAGCGCCAACGCAAUUGACACGUAUGAGUACAAACACACUAGCAACAACAAAAAAAUCGCAUAUUCAACGCAACCAGCUACAACAACCACAUCUUCUUCUUCUUCUUCCUCCUCCUCCUCUUCUUCCUCUGUAUAUUCUUCCAAACAGGCGACGAACGCAUUUGGUCAACGUAAGACCACAACAACAACAACAAAUUCCGCGUUUAGUGCCACACUACACAAGGCAACAGCAACAGCAACCGCAACAACAACAACAACAACUGGCAAUAAGGCGUACACAACUCAGACCGGUAGCAACAACAAAUACAAGAACAAACUCGAGGCAUAUCGCCCGUCCACUAGCGAAUUCCAGAGGGCCGUACAGAAACACACAAUUCUGAGAACCUACUUGAGCAAUCCCAAUUUGAGUGAACAACAAUUGCAGCAGGAAGCACAAAAGCAACAACAACAACAAAAUGGUAAUAAAGAUGCGACAGUUGCCACCGAAGUAUACGUUUUCGAUGAAAGCAAACAACAACCACAACAAACAGCAAAUGUAACACCGGAACCGGCUAAGCGCGGCUGGAGCCUACUGACGUGGCGUGGCUAAAUCAUUUGUGUGUGUGUGUGUGUGUCCAGUAGUGAGUGGGGGUGGUCGCUUGCCAUUUACAUAUGUAAUGAACAUGCGGCGAGUAAUGUAGAGCAUAAUUGGAGGGGGGCGUAUUUCGAAAGUAGCAUAGGCUUCUCGUUUCAUUUUGAUGGGUGUGGCUAGAGAAAUCUUCCAAGCGAUUACUACUGUGUAGUAACGGUUAAUAAAUGUGUGCCGCUAAAAAUUAAUGUGGAAAUGAAACGAAAUAAGCUUGAUAAAAUACUUGAUUUAUUGCUUGCCCUGCCAUUGUUGUAUUGCCAUUCAAAUUGUAUUUGUAAUAAUCGAAAAAAAUAAUUCCUAAUAUUAGGUAAAAAAUGUAAGAAUUUAAAUUUCACACAGCUUUCAUUAGUUAGUAAGUAGAGCGCUCGCUAGUUAGGCCUGCAAUCAAUCACGCACAGCCAUUCAAAAAAGUACACAACUGCCGACCACUGCCGACAGCCACGUCACCUCAAAUCAACAACAACAACAAUAAGAAACACGCUUCGAAAUACUCUUAAUAGAAUUCUACAAUAGACUUCAUUGAAACAAAAAAAUACACAGCCUCAAUUCAGUGCGCCUCAUCAAUAUAAACAUAGAUACAUAUGUAUCUCAACAUUCCGCAUAUGUCAGCUUGCGUUUGAUAUUUCACGACUUUUUUGCUGCGGAUAACUGCCAACAGCGUUCAGCAUAUACACACAUACAUUAUAUAUAUAAACGCAAUUUAAUCAUAAACUAUCAUUUUAGUAUUAGUAAAAUAAGUAAAGAAA